AGUGGCUGCACCUCGGUCCCAGCUGUCAGCGAACGGCAACGAGGCAAACACAUGACGCCUCUCUUCUCUUCCGUGUAGAUCUCGCUUAGAAUUCGUGUACCAGAAACCCCGGCCCUAACCGCGCCCGCACCCUCGCCCUUGGCUCGCCGGAGAUUAACGCUACAGCCGUAAUCACGUAAAUUCCUUUUCAUGGAGGGUGUGGGCGCGCGGCUAGGGCGCACUUCGGCGCGCUACGGGCCGGCGACGACGUUCACGGGCCAUGUCAGGAAGUGGCGCAAGGAGUGGGUACCAGUGGUCGCCGCCGCCGCCGCCGCCGCCGCCAACGCCAACACCAGCGCCAACGGUGGCACGACGUCCUCCACGGGGAUGGGAUCUGGCGGAGGAUCCCGCGGGAAUAAUCUUCUCCUGUUUAAGUGGACCCCGGUGAACGGGGCUAACGGGGGAGGAGGGGAUGGGGAGCAGCAGCAGCAGGCUGAGACGGCCACGAGACGCCGGCGGUAUGUGCCGGUUUCUUUAAUGGAAGAGCAAAGGCAAGAAUCUACCAAAUCUGAUGAUGAGAACAAGGCUAAUGAUGGAGAUCCAUCUUCGAAUGAAACUGAGCCAUCAAAUGGAAAGACUGAUAUCAAUGAUACACCUAUGGAUGAAUCUCAGGCAACAGAUGAGGAUGGUCGAGAUUCUGGUAAAAACGGCGGUGGAACAGACCUAAAUUUGAAUUUAGGUUUGAAAGACCCGGAUGGUGAUAAUGAAGUUGAGACAUCAGAGAAACAUGUAGCGGCAAACAAUCCGCAGACAGAGAAUAGAUCCAAGAGGAAAUCCGUAACCCCUGACCUUGAGAUGACAAUGUAACCCAGAAAUUUCAUUUGUCUUAAUUUUACUAUUUGCCAUGAGCCCAUGAGGUGUGUAACUUGGGUACGUUCUCAUCGUAGAAACAUUUAAGUAAAAUCGAUUACAGGACAUACAAUAGUGUGAACUGAAGAAACCUUUUUUUACUCGAACAUGGAGAAUUGUCUAAAGUCAUUGUCAAAUAUAAUUUAAUUUUCCA